AUGGAAGAACACUUGGUCUCCGAUUUGAUGGGGCCUUAUCAAGACCGGCUACCUAAGACCGGUCCCCUGUUCCCCUUCCAGUACGAAAAUACCAACAUCUCCGCAAGUUUCAUGGACAGCGGUCGUCCUCCACGGCCUACUUGCCGCGAUGAUUUUGAGAUCGCAAUAAUCUGUGCCCUGCCGCUUGAAUACGAUGCUGUAGUAGAUGCGUUUGACGGAUUCUGGAAUGACGACGGCGACCCUUAUGGAAAAGUGGUGGGCGAUCAAAAUACUUACACAACGGGAUGGAUUGGCCAGCACAAUGUCGUGCUCGUCGUUUGCUCAGAUGUUGGAAAAGUCAACGCUACUAGCGUGGCGACAAGCUGUAGCAUGAGUUUUACGCAGAUCAAACUAGCCUUUUUAGUUGGUAUUUGUGGUGUCGCACCCCGGACGACCGAUAGAAAUGAAAUCUUGCUUGGCGAUGUGAUAAUUGGCGACCAAAUUGUUGCAUAUGAUUUUGGGAAGCGAUAUGCCGACGAACUCAAGUUGAAGAGCAGCCUUACGUUCAAAACGACAGACAAGAGCCAUAGUGUCCGUCGGUUUAUGAAUACAAUGCAAACUGACCAUUACCGUGAGUUGUUACUUAGACGAGCCACAGACCACUUGCAGACGGUACGAGACAGAUAUUCAAGCAAGUACGGCUCUCCUCAACGAAGCGAAGACAGAUUAUUUACCCCGGAGUACCGUCAUAAGCAUCACAAGCCGCGGACAUGUCCGAUUUGCGACGAAUGUACCACAACUUCCAAAUCAGUGUGUGAGGUGGCUUUGGCGUCCAUAUGUGAAGACCUAGGGUGCGACAGUGACCAGCUUAUUCCUCGCCAACGGCUUGCGAAUGGUGAUGUACCGCAGAGCCCUGUAUUGCAUUGGGGUGUGUUUGCUUCAGCUGACACCGUUCUCAAAUCCGCAAGAGACCGUGAUUGGAUUGCUGAAAAAUAUGGUGUCAUUGCAUUCGAAAUGGAGGCGACUGGAGCUUGCGAUAUUUUCCCAUGCAUUGUUAUCAAGGGAGCAUGUGACUAUGCUGAUAGUCAUAAGAAUAAGAAAUGGCAAAAUUACGCAGCGAUCUCGGCUGCCUGUGUGAUGAAGAGUCUCUUGAAUUGGUACCCAAGAACAAAUCAGCAGAGGGAUUCUCAUAUUAGUCGCAUGACUGGUAGGAAACGUCAAUUCGGAGAGUUCGCGAGCGAUGCAAUGCAUGCUCAUGCAAUGAUUCAGUAUCUUCAGCAACAAAAUAAAAGUCUCUCGAUCUGCAUCGCAGAUUUGAAGACUCAGUUACAGAAAGAAAAAGAUCUCCCUCCUCAGGUUCCAUUUAAUGACCUCGUUACGGUCAAUGACGCAUUGGGAGCAACAUACACUUUCCCCCUAUCAUUUGUUGACAGCUUGGAGUUUUUCAAAGUUCUUAUGAAGCAUAAAUUUCAGGGCGUCGGACGUGGAAAGAUCGAAAGGGGCGAAUGGUUACUUCAAAAUCAUCGCACCGGCUAUGUUCUAGAUUUGAAGAAACCUUGGAAGGCUAUGAUCAAGCCUGGUCAAAUGCUUGACAUGAGUAUGAUAUUCAAAAAGGCCCACACUGUGUCUACGACAUGUCCCUGGUGCGAUCACCACAAUGAGAUGAGCCUUGAUAAACGUGGAACUAGGUGUCAGAAUUGUUCAGGCCAUUAUAGUCGUAUUGAAGAAGUGCAUGAUUUGAUUGGUGUGAAGUAUCUUCAAUAUGAAACUAAUGACGACAAGCAGUCACAUGCAACAAGGGAACCUGAACCGACAGGGCCAGUUCCACUCCAGAAAGAUCGAAAUGAGGAUGAUGAUAUACACCUUUAUACACGAAUUCGGAUUCUUGGUGUCUCAUUUCGCAUGAACCAGCUAGCUACUCCUCUCGCUGAAUUUCAAUUACAAAGAAUAGUGGUCAGUGACAAAGAGUUGGGGGAUGUGUAUGAUCUGAUUCAAUGGUUUGCACAAGAUCUUGAUUUCCCUGAAGAAGACUGCAAAACUGCCAUGUUAGAUCUCUUUUCGCAGCCGGUACCACUAAUAAUAGGGAAGGGAAAUCAUGAGAACAAGCUACCGACGAUACCUUUGUGGGCUUUUAGACAAGACUCGCUAUAUAUAAAAUCAUAA